AUGUUCUUACUAUAUGCAGUCAUUGUCUUUUUUAUACUAGGGAGGGUAUGCUAUCGCCUUUACUUCCAUCCACUUCGUUCAUUUCCGGGACUAAAACUCGCCGCUAUCACAACCCUGUAUGAGUUUUACUUUGCAGUGAUUAAAGAUGGUCAAGUUUUCUGGGAGCUUGAUGAACUUUACAUAAGAGACACCUCGUUUUACAACGAAAUAUAUGCUAAUGAUGCUCGAGUGACGGAAAAGGCUGCACCAUUCAUUCGCUCGUUCAGUGUACCAGGGUCAAUGGUUGCAACUGUUGGCCACAAUCAUCAUAAGAAAAUCGAAACCUUGAUGCAACACUUCAAGAAAGCGCAUCGAGAGCAAAGUAUUAUAAGCCUCUUUGUGGCCUUUUCAGCAUUAACUGGGGAUAUCAUCUCAUAUUAUGCAUAUGGUACAGACUAUUGCUUCCUAAAGGACAUCAACAACUCCAAUGCUGUAAAAGCAGCUGCAGAGUCUUUUGGAUCUUUCAGCCAAGGGCUUAGAUCCAUUCCUUUUGAUUUGCCCAGGAUUAGGCGUAUUCCUUCCAACGUGAUGGAGAAGGUUUUUUCCACCAGCAGCCAGAAUGAUCAGGUUGCAAGAGAUGAUAGGGGAACAACAAAGUCACUCCCAAAUACAGUGUUCAAGUCUUUAAUUGAUCCGAGCCUUCCCCCACUGGAGCGAACAUUGGAUCGGCUGCAGGACGAGGGAUUUGUUCUUCUUGGAGCGGGAACAGAGACAAUUUCAUGGGCACUAAGUGUGACCGUGUUUUAUUUGUUGAGAAAUAAUAUCCUCGUCUCCCGGCUUCACGAAGACCUUAAAACUGUGAUGCCGGAACAAAGAGACGUCCCCAGGCUAUUUGAGCUUGAGACUCUGCCGCUGUUGCGCGCAGUGGUAAAUGAGGGCCUUCGACUGUCGUUUGGAGUACUUACUCAUCUGCCACGAGUCGUCCCUUUGGAUCCAUUGAACUACAAAGGGCAAAUUAUACCAGCAGGCAUAACCGUAAGCCAGAGCAUAUAUUUUAUCCAUAUGGAACCUCAAUAUUUCCCGGAUCCACGCACAUUCAACCCAGGACGAUGGCUCGGUCCUGCGGAGAGAAGAGCCCUCGAAUCGAUGAUCGUUUUAUUUUCAAGGGGAAGCCGGCAAUGUCUAGGAAUGAAGUACGUGCUCCCUUUUGCAUAG